AUGAUGGUGAUCACAACUCUUUUCCAAGUCACCGUCAUCAGAUCAUCACCUGUUCAAGAAAGAGAAAACACUCUCAAUCUCAGUGCCCAUGCACUUCCACCUUCAUAUCAGUCACUCAUGAUAACUGAUGAUUCGAGGAUUCUUGAUUUAUAUGUUGAUGAUUUUAAUGUCGACACAGAUGGGAAAAGAUUUAUUUGGCAGGAGGAGGAAGCUAAAAGAAAUGCUGAGAAUGCCGACAACAAAACAGUAGGCGGUAGGCUGAUCGCAUCCACCCUAGUCCAGGAAAGAUCCCAUCUCUCCAAUGGAUCAAUGGAUGACCACAAUCGUGGUUCGGGGCAGAUGAUGGAUGGAUCCCAGAUCAAUAUAGAUGUAAUUUCACUUGGAGCUAUAAUUGCUUUGGGUCUAAUGAUUCAUCCAUCAGAAGAUUGGAUUCAGGGUCAGAUACCCAAAGUAGUCUUGAAUGGCAUCAAAGGAUUCAUCCAUCAGAAGAUUACGAGUACAUCUCAUCAAGAGACUAGUGAUUACUUUUCUGAUGAAUCAAGACCAUACACUAUUGGACUCCUUGGAAUUGUAAAGAUGCUAACUGUGGCAUACACUGCUGGACACUUAGACUUUGAAAAGCUGACUGGUGGCCACAUAGAAGUUGAAAAGCUGACUGUGGCAACUGCUGCUGCUGCUGGACACUUGGAAGUUGAGAAGUUGACUAUGGCAUAG